AUGGCCUCGGAAGGCCUGGCGGGGGAGCUGGAAGCCGUGCUGGCGGGGCAGGGGCUGCGGGUGCAGAGCUGGGACUCGGAGCCCGCCGGGGAGCUGCGGGCGCCCGCGCGGCUGCGGAGGAACGUCUGCUACGUGGUGCUGGCCGUGUUCCUCAACGAGCAGGAUGAGGUGCUCAUGAUCCAGGAGGCCAAGAAAGAGUGCCAUGGGGCGUGGUACCUGCCCGCGGGGAGAAUGGAGCCUGGGGAGACCAUCCUGGAGGCCCUGCAGCGGGAGGUGAAGGAGGAGGCCGGGCUGCUCUGUGAGCCUCUGACACUGCUGUGUGUGGAGGAGCGGGGCCCCGCCUGGAUCCGCUUCGCGUUCCUGGCUCAGCCCACAGGUGGAGUUCUCAAGACUUCCAAGGAGGCAGACGCAGAGUCCCUGCAGGCGUGCUGGUACCCACGGACCUCCCUGGCCACUCCUCUUCGAGCCCAGGACAUCCUGCCCCUGGUUGAACUGGCUGCCCAGUACCGCCACCGGGCCAGGCACCCUCGCAUUCUGCCCCAGGAGCUUCCCUGCAGCCUGGUUUGCCAGCGGCUCGUGGCCACCUUUACCAGUGUGGCCACCCAGACCGUGUGGGUGUUGGUAGGCACGGUGGGGGCGCCUCACUUGCCCAUCACGGCCUGUGGCUUCACCCCGAUGGAGCAGAGGGGUGGCCUCAACAUGGCCAUCUUGCGGCUGCUGCAGGACUGUCUGACUCUGCACCACUUGGCCGUGGAGACCAAGGGGCUGCUUGGGCUGCAGCACCUGGGCAGAGGCCACACGGACGGCAUCUGCCUGAACGUGCUGGUGACCGUGGCUUUUCGGCACCCAGGGAUCCACAACGAGCCCCCCGAGGUUCGGGGUGAGAACUUUGUUUGGAGGAAGGUGGUGGAGGAAGACCUGCAAAGCCAGCUCUUCCAGAGGCUUCAGGAAUCAUCUGUUGUCCCAGUCAACGGAUAG